UGGCGGAGAUGUGAUGCUCAAACAACUUUACCACAACACAAGUUUAAUCUAAUUUUGUACGAUUUAGUGAUCACACAUAGCACUGUUCCCGACAAAUCAUGAGAAAACAUAGGUUUUCUCAGAUACCAUGGAAAACGGGAAAAAUCUCGAUGCACGAAGGACGCCCAAUGAGGCUGGUAAAAGUUUGCAACGUGUAAGGUUAUGCAGACAUCCACAUGAGCGAACUAACGCUAAUGUGAACGUAAGCAUAAAUAAUACAAAUACUAGACAAGCAAAAUGGCAUAAACAAUCACAGUCACCGUCAUCUGAUACAGCGCCUAGCCACCACCGCCGCAAAGCUUUUGAAACACCCAAGCGAUCAAAAUUAAUAUCCAGUGACUGCAGUCAUGGAGACUCUCCGGACGCGGUGCACGAUAUCAUAUGGGAGCCAGCUUCUCCACCAUCUGUCUGGAAUGAAAAGGGAUCCAAGAAGUCUGAGAUUUUGGACAUUGUCAACAGAAUUGCCCCAAAGGAGGGAGGCCAUCAUUCCCGGGACUCCCCUGUGCUAGGGUGGAUUGAGGAUGGGACUAUCCGCUGUACUCCGGAUGUUCCAGCUCCUAGAUCCAGGCGGAUAUCCACACGCCAGAACAGUGUGGAGGACCUGAAGAAACUCGCCAGAGAAUUUGACUUGAGGAUUAACAAAGAGCAACAGGAGACUGGCGCUGACGGUCGUCCAGCGUCCCCCGAGCAACCGCAGGGAGGGCCGACGGCGGCGCUGGACGCGGAGCUGAACGCCCUCUUUGAUGCUCCGACUCAGCAUCUCUCCCGCCGGCUGAGCCAGAGCUCCAGCAUCUCCUCGCAGGAGUCCAAAGCCAGCCUGGCAUCCGCCGUUGUUGACGGAGGCCACUCCGGGCCUAAAAAAGGCAGCGGUGCCCCAGUCUCCGCUGUUGCCGACAAACCCGCGGAGACUUCUAAGAGCGUGUCUGGGAAGGGCGACUUUGAUGAUGACUGGGAGAACGACGAUCUCCUUAACGACUCAUUUGUCAUAGAGAUGACUCAGAACCCGGUUCUCCUCGACGGAACUCCAGCGAGAACCUCCGCGGCUGCCAUUGCUGCCCCUUGUCCUCCUCCCCCUCGGCUCCCGGUCUCAAAGGCCGGUGACCCGGUAAUUAAGGCCAACCCGUCCGUGUCUGCCCGCAUGGCUGCCAGUGGCUGCCGUGGUAGUGCCGCCGGAGUCCCGUCGGGGCCCCGCUUGAAACCGGCGACGUCCGCAAACCCAAGCACUUUCAUGGCGGCGCCAGGCGGCAACUCGCUGGGCAAAAAUACCACAACUAGCGAGCCAGGGAAGCCGUGUUUCAAAGCAACUGAUGCAGGGACGCACGAACACAGCAGUGCACGCUCAUCCCCUAGGCAACAGCAGGAGGCCCAGACUGUGGCUCCAGCAAGCCGUAAACAGCAAACUACCGACUCUCUCGGUGUCCAGGAAAGCUUGAAGGGUGUCCCGCGCAAGGCCGAAAUAUCUCAGACGGCCUCUGAGGACGCGUGGGGCGACGGAGGCGACGAGGACGACGACCUGCUGUACCAGGUGUGCGACGUGGUGGAGCGCCUCUCGGCGAGUCAGGAGGAGGCGCGGGCCGCAGCUGGCGGCUCGAAGCCGGCACCGAACUACGCCAGGCAGCUGUCGCUGUCGCCGACGGACCUCGCGCCCGCUCAGACGCACGCCUCAGUCGUCACGGGCAGCUGGCCUCCUGCGCAGACGUCUGCCAGCACCGGGAGGCCCUCGUACAGCUUCACCCGCACGCUCUCGAUGCCGAACUACAGCACCGGCGCGGCCACCGUCUGUGGCACUAAAGUGCAGGCCUCUGGCUUCGCGGCCGGACGCGGCGUACAGAGCCGCGCUGCCGCCCCCUCCGGUUCCCACGGACCAAACCAGUACAAGUUCACCCAGCUGAAGAACCCCCCGGCGCACACGCAGAACCAGCAGGGACCCGCAAACCCCCAGGGGCCCCGGGGCCCGAACCCUGCGAGCGCCCAUCAGCCUGCUUCCAAGCGCCAUCUGCACGAGCCCAGACCACUGGCCAACAAAGUGUUUGUUCCCAAUCAGAGGCCAGCAAUGUGCUCGGCUGCGGAAAUCGAGCGAAAAAAGCAGGAGGCGAUCGCCCGGAGGAAGCUUCGAAUAGAAGCAUCCCAAAGACCUGCCAUGCCGACGUAAUCCUGCAGACGGGCCUUAUUCCUUACCCUACGUGCCUAUGUGUAUAUAUAGCAUAUAUAUGUAUGUCUGUGUAGGUCUGUGUGUUCACAAGACCCAUGUUGUGAGCUCCUCUAGGAGCCGUAAUGGAACAGUAUUAGAUUAGCACACUUAAUUCAAACUGACACGUGUCCGAUGUGAACAAAUGCGGUCCUGUGACGGAAGACCUGCCGAGCUGCUGACCAGCUGCUGCGGCUACUACUACUGCUGCUGCUGAUGCUGCUAUUAUAUCCUGCCGCAGGCCCGCCGGACCCCCUGGCCCGUGUUUCUCGUUGACCUUUUGCAUUAAGUGGGAAGCCCGGAGCCAGGUCUGAGCUGCUAUCAAGGUGAGCCCUUUCAGUGGGACCACUGUGUGUGUGUGUGUGUGUGUGCGCGCGCAUGUAUGCGUGUGUGUGAAUGUUCUGAUGGGGUUACGCUGAUGGACGGUUCCGUAAGCUCGUUUGACAGAUGGACCAAGGUGAACGCAGCAGGCAUGAUUUCCAGGGUUUUGUGUUUGAAUGAUUUUUUGUUGUGUCCAAGCAAGUCAAAGGGUGACAAGAUGUCCUUAUUUUCUGUGAAGUCUGUUUUUGUGUGCCAUUUUGUGUUCACACUCUGUGCCACUUUAUGUUCUUAUUUGCACCAUUUAAGAGAAAACCAAAGAUGGAUUGUAUCAUGUCACUCAUAUCUCGUUCACGGUCAUGUCACCUUAAAAAAAAAAGUCCCACAUCCUGUCCAGUUUUGGAACUGUUUUGAAAAUUAAACUAUUCUUGUACAAG